AUGGCGUCUCUCAAGCGCAUCGCAGCAGCGACUCUGCUGCCGCUGGGCUUCCUCGCGCAAUCUACGCUCGCUUCGCCCUACCACCACGCCAAUGGGACCACGGUGCCGAAGCUGGGCGCGGUGGCAUCUGAAAGCGCCGUGUGCUCCAAGAUCGGAACCGACCUGCUCCAGGCCGGCGGCAAUGCUGCUGACGCCCUCGUCGGCACCGUCUUCUGCAUCGGCGUCAUUGGCAUGUACCACAGCGGCUUGGGCGGCGGCGGCUUCAUGCUGGUGCGCGGUAGCGAUGGGCAGUACGAGUUCAUCGACUUCCGCGAGACUGCGCCCGCAGCUGCUUUUGAGGACAUGUACAACAACGAUACCGACCUCAGCUUAUACGGCGGUCUGGCAAGCGGCGUACCCGGCGAAGUGAGGGGAUUGGAACACCUGCACAAAAACUACGGGUCGCUACCCUGGGCCGACGUGAUGGCACCGGCUAUCAAGGUGGCGCGGUACGGCUUCAAAGUGACAGAAGACCUGGUGAGGUACAUGGACUCGACUUCCGAUGACUUCCUCACGGACGAUCCGACGUGGGCGCUUGAUUUCGCCCCGCACGGCUACCGAGUCAAGCUGGGCGAGACGAUUACCCGGAAGCGGUACGCCGACACGCUCGAGGUCAUCGCGACCGAGGGGCCCGACGCCUUCUACACCGGCGCCAUUGCCAAUGCGACCAUCGCCGCGCUGACGAAGGCUGGCGGGACAAUGACCCUCGAGGACCUGAAGAACUACACUGUUGCCAUCAGGAAGCCUUCGGAGAUCGAGUAUCGAGGCUACAAGUUGACAGCUUGCAGUGCGCCUUCGGGCGGUGAGGUAGUGCUGAGCGCUCUGAACAUCGUGAAUGGCUACUCAGGAUUCGACGAUCCCGCUGCGGUCAACUUGACCACGCACCGCUUGGACGAGGCCAUGCGGUUCGCAUACGGGCAGCGUUCCGAACUGGGCGACCCCCUGUUCGUGGACGGAAUGGAUAAGUACCAGGCGUCCAUGCUGUCCGACGCCACCGCCGCCGAGGUCCGCUCCAAGAUCUCCGACUUCCACACGCAGAACGUGUCGGCGUACGACCCGACAGGACUUGAGAGUCUAGAGACACCGGGUACGAGCCAUGUCGUGACGGCCGACAGGAGCGGCAUGGCCAUCAGCCUCACCACGACCGUCAACCUGAUCUUCGGCAGCCAGUUGAUGGUCCCCGAGACGGGCGUCAUCAUGAACGACGAGAUGAACGACUUUAGCAUCCCCAACUCGAGCAACGCCUUCGGCUACAUCCCCAGCGCGGCCAACUUCAUCCGGCCCGGCAAGCGGCCGCUCUCGUCCAUCUCGCCGACCAUCGUCGAGAAGGACGGGAGGCUGUACUUCGUCAUCGGCUCCGCGGGAGGGAGCCGCAUCAUCACGGCCACGAUCCAGAACAUCCACCACGUGCUGGACCAGGGCAUGACGACCGAAGAGGCGCUGGCACAGCCGAGAUUCCACGACCAGCUGGAACCGAACCAGGUCUCGUUCGAGUAUGCCUACGACAACAGCACCGUCGCGUACAUGGCGUCGCUGGGCCACAACGUGACGUGGGUCGCCCCCGGACAGAGCACGGCUCAGGGCUUGCGGCUGCUGCCGAAUGGCACGUUUGAGGCUGGUGGUGAGCCGAGACAGAAGAACUCGGGUGGGUUUGCUGUAUAG